ACUAGUAUUCAGGCGUAAAGAUAAGACAACUGACGCUAAGCGCCGGAUGCUGACAAACUUCCUUUCUGGAUUAGCUUCUCCCAUGGAGACCAGUACAGCGGCGGAAGCUGUAGUUGCUAUGGAAGAGAGGAGUGUUGUAUUCAGAGAGAUCGUCAGGCUUUCUGUAUAGGCAAGAAAAUGUCAAAAGGUGCAUCCAGAAUAUCUGGGCCCAUUGUUCCAGAUGCAACUCCGUUUUCAGACCUGAACAAGCGGCCUUCUUCUGCUGGUGGAAGACUUGAGGGCAGAAGCCUGGCGUUGGACUUAUUAUUAGGUCCCAUAGCGCCAGACCCAAGACUAUAUCCAUCUCUUUACAGUUCCCGCACUACACACCCUCCUCCUAGAAUCCACUCUAGUGCUCAUGAUAUCCUGAAGCGAGGCCAGAGGGGAACUGUUGGAGAUCUCUUGCAGUUAGAAGGAAUAUCUCUUCAUCCAAGACUACCUACAAAAAGUAAAAGUAAGGACCAUGUCAAGGAAAAUGUCAGAAGAAUGAGGGAAAUACAAAAAAAGUGCAGAGAGAUAGAACUAGAAAAUGUGAAGGGUACUCCGAAACCUGUCAAAGCCCUUUGGAAAUCCCAAAAGUAUGUAAAUGUGGAAUCCAAAGUUAUGACCAAACUUCAGGAAAACCCAUCACCUUUAGAACCAAAGUAUUUUAAUUUCCUAAAAGCUUAUUCUGGCUGUGGGUCAGGGGUGCAACCUAAGAGGCCAACACUUUCAGCACCAGGAACACCUUGUUACAAAGAUGAGCAAGAGAACAAAAGUAAAGAGAUCAAGGUGAAUGGUUCAAGGAUUGACUUUGUAGCAUAUAAUGCAAGGAACGCGAAAAGAGUACAGCUGAGACCUUCCCGUUCCCUACAGAAUCUGAAUAAUAUCGUAGAGCAGAAAAAACGGGAGCAGGAAGAAUAUGACUCCAAGCAAAAGGGGUACAUUCCUCAAUAUCUGGUGGAUUAUAAGGAAAUGUGGCUCAAAAUGAAAGAAGAAAGCAAGAAAAACACCCCAGAUGUUUCCACACCCCCCGGCCACACCUUGAUGCCAGAAGCUGAAAAACUCGGAACACUAAAUAAUCUUAAACAGAACCAAGAAAAAUUGGUAAAGGAGUUACAAAAGCUGCCACUUGGAUCAGACACACUCAGUAUUGUGAAGCGGCGCACUGAGCUGGAAAAGAAACUAUUAGAGGUGGAGGAGGCAAUCAAAAUAUUCUCCCGCCCUAAAGUCUUUAUAAAAAAGGACUCUUAGAUUUGUUAAUAAGGCAAUGUACAUUGUUCUUCUUGAAAAGUAUCAAAGAAUGAUAUUCUAUGGCCUUUUCAUUGAGAACUGCAGCCUUCCCUGACAACAUAACAGCCUUCCCUGACAACAGCUGCUUCCCAUUGUGGUGCAUAGGAAUUGACUUUCAUAUUGCAAUGCCAUUAUGUAAGAAUCAUUAUAGCUAUCCAACACUAUAUAGCAUAGAGUUUUAUAAGGCUUUUCUAAAUUCAGAAGUGGAAAAUACUGCCAGCAAGCUAGGUGGUUUUGAUUUGCAUUUAAUUAACUGCUAUUUAAUGUGUUUUUUGUAAAGGCAUAAUAAACAUUUUUUUUACUUGUGAA